AUGUCAGACCAGUACACUGCCGCAGCCGCAGCCGCCCCCUCCAUCACCCAGAAGCUCGCCGACCUCAAGGGCCUUCUCUCGUCACAGAGGACCGUCCUCCUCGUCACCCACGCCCCCAAUGGCCAGCUCCACUCCAGGGUCAUGGCCCCCGCCCAGAUCAGCCCAGACUGGAAGUUCUACUUUAUCUACGACCGUGACUCUUACAAGAACAUCGAGGUCCAGAAUGACGUCCAUGUCAACCUGAGCGUCGACGGGAUGGUCACAAACAAGGGUUGGGCCUCUAUUGCCGGUAAAGCCAAGCAAAACGUCGACCCUGAACUCUUCCAAAAGCUUUACAACCCCACUAUCAAGGCUUGGUUCGCCGACAAGGGCGACGGAGUCCACGACGGCUCUAUCACCGACCCCCGUAUCGCCGUUCUCGAGGUCCGAGUUGAGGAAAUCAGACACUACCACCAGCAGAGGACGGCCAUCGGCACCGUGAUUGAUGUCGUCACCAGCGCUAUCCAGGGCGCCACUGCUACACCAGGAGAGAUUAGGGAGAUUACUGGAGCUGAGAUUGCUGAGGCUUGGGAGAAGGGAGAGUUGAAAGAAGAAUAA